AUGGCAGUUCCAAAAGCUCACUACUCUCUAGCCAUCCUUGUCAUUCUCUUUGUCGUUUCAAAUUGCCAAAAUGCCUGCAAUCCAGAAUGCAAGGCUAAAGAACCCUUCAACUGCGAUAAUUCUCUUACCUUCAACCGAACUGGAUUUCCAAAGAACUUUACUUUCGGUGCAGCUACUUCCGCGUACCAGAUUGAGGGUGCUGCACAUAGAGCCCUUAAUGGAUGGGACUACUACACUCAUAGAUAUCCAGAAAGGGUUCCAGAUCGCAGCUCCGGAGACGUUGCUUGUGAUUCGUAUGAUCUUUACAAGGAGGAUGUCAAAUUACUGAAAAGAUUGAAAGUUCAAGCAUACCGACUCUCCAUAGCCUGGUCAAGGGUCUUACCAAAGGGAAGACUGACUGGAGGAGUGGACGAGAACGGGAUAGCAUACUACAACAAUCUCAUUAACGAGUUAAAAGCUAAUGGCAUAGAGCCAUUUGUGACUAUAUUUCAUUGGGAUGUUCCCCAAACUCUAGAAGACGAGUACGGAGGCUUCUUAAGCCCGCGUAUAGUAGAGGACUUCAAGAACUAUGCGGAGCUUCUAUUCCAAAGAUUCGGAGACAGAGUCAAGUUUUGGAUCACUCUAAACCAGCCUUACUCUCUCUCAUCCAAAGGUUAUGGAGAUGGAUCAUAUCCACCGGGAAGGUGCACUGGCUGUGAAUUUGGAGGUGAUUCUGGAACCGAACCUUAUAUAGUCACGCAUCACCAACUUCUAGCCCAUGCAGAAGCUGUAUCUUUAUACCGAAAAAGAUAUCAGAAAUUUCAAGGUGGUAAGAUAGGAACGACCUUGAUCGGGAGAUGGUUUGCCCCGCUAAACGAAACUAGCGAUCUCGACCAGGCUGCUGCAAGACGAGCAUUCCAAUUCUUCGUUGGAUGGUACGUAUAUAUAUUCUCAAUGAAUUGACUCUCAAGACGCACACAUAUGUAGCAACUUAAAGCCUCUGUCACGAUCAUAUAGACUUUUAAAAAUAUUGCAUCACUAAGUUACAAAAUUUCUUCUUGCAUAUAUGAAGGUUCUUGGAUCCAUUGGUGUACGGAGAAUAUCCAACGAUAAUGAGAGAACUCGUUGGAGACAGAUUGCCAAAAUUCACACCGCAAGAAUCAGAUUUAGUUAAGGGAUCACUUGAUUUUCUAGGGCUGAACUAUUAUGUUACACAAUAUGCAAGCGACGCAUCUCCUCCUCCUCAGACACAGCCUAGCGUCUUAACCGAUCCACGAGUUACUCUUGGAUGUAUGUGAAACCUUUUUCGUAUUUAGUUUUAUACAUAUGUUUCGGCUCAUAGAUCAAUCAUUAUUCUCUUAUUGUGUUUCAGAUUAUCGCAAUGGAGUACCUAUCGGUGUUGAGGCUAGUAUCGUUUUUAAUUCGGAAUAACAUGUUUAUAUAUAUGUACCUACUUUAAGAGAUUGCCACAUUUAUAUAGUAACUAAUGAGUCUCUCCUUUUUUGCUUUUUUCUUCUCCAGUCUGAUAUCUUGCAUAUUUACAUUGUUUUAUCCAUUUAUUCAUAUGCAUUUUCAUCAUAUAGAUUAGGACUUAGCCAUGUCUAGGCUGCAUUUUGCAUGCAUAUGUCUCUAUCAGGUAUUUGAGUACCACAUGGAGUUUCUGGAGACAUUUGGGUGCAUUUGGAGCUCAAAAGGAGGUGAUUAGAGUGAUCUUUGGACGAGCACUGCCGGAGCGACCUCUCGGAGCGACGGCAUGAGGUCGCUGUGCACCACAUCCCGGAGCGACUCAUCCAGAGCGACUGCACAAGGUCGC